AUGUUGCCCCUACAGCGUCCUCAACAACAAACGAAGGGCUGCUGGUUGGAACCCGUUCCUGGAACCAGACGCGGAACCUUUCCUGGCAGGUUGCAGGCAUGUCCGCAAGAAGAGACCAGGAUGCGUGCUGAUGGAACAGGUCUCCACAGAGAUGAGAUGGAGGUGAUUCGUGAGCAGAUGCGCAUCUACGUUGGUCACGGCAGUUUCUGGGUCAUCAUCGUAUCACCCAGGGAGUUGAACAGUGAUGGAAUAAAGUCUGUCCUGGAGGACUUCGUCAACCAACGAAGGAGCACUUCGUUGGGGUGGACAGGUGCUGAAGUUCCGCAGCAAGUGUCAGACUUUGCAGCGCCAGGAUUUCAGAAAGUGGUGGACCUGGUCGAAGGUCUACGUGAACAAAUCCAGGUUCCAAACUUGGUGCUGUUGAGAGGGUCUUUCUUCAAAGGCCUUGCAAGGCAGCUGAUCCAGAGAAAUGGGGAGGAGGCUGCGGAAUGGCAAGUGCGUGUGGUCAACAACUACAGAGAUUUGGAAGACCAUGACUGGUUGAACCCUCACUGCAACGUUGAUCUGCAUUUUGUGCAGAGCCCCCACUGGCCGACAUUGCCCUGGAAGAAGCCCGAGCUAUUGGAGCGAUUGAAGACCUUUGCAGAUCGCAGGCCUCAGAGCCAAGUUCUGCAUGCAGUUGCCUUCCUGAUUCAUGCCAUCCAGAAAGAUCCGGAGUGGUUGGGCAUGAGCCUGGACUCCAUGAUGCAGAAUUGCAAGGUCCUGAGCGAUACCGCUGCCGAGCCCAGUGAGAUCUUGAGGAAGGUGGUCAAGGCCUGUGGAGCUGCAGCCCAGACAGGUGCAGAGGUCGACGAAGAAGGCCGGUCUGCGCUGCACCGCGCUGCCUUCAACGGAGAAAUCGAUGAGGUGGAGCGCCUGCUGAGAGCAGGUCUUGACAUCGAGGCCAAAGACAACCGUGUGGACACACCGCUGCAUCUGGCCGCGGGGUAUGGCCACCUCACCGUGGUGGACCGGCUCAUUGCCGCUGGCGCCGUCCUCGAGGCGACCGGCAGGUUUGGCGCGACGCCCCUCCACUGGGCGGCCGUUGCCGGCCAUUGGGAGGUGGCGCAGCGGCUCAUCGAGGCCAGGGCCGACCUCGAGGCCAAGGACCAUUCUGGUCGGACGCCUCUCCACCGGGCGGCCGAAGAGUGCUACUGGGAGGUGGCGCAGCGCCUCAUCGAGGCCAGGGCGGACCUCAAGGUCAGGGACAAGCAAGGCCAGACCCCAUGGCACUUUGCCAAAAAGAAUGGCUGGAAGAAGAUGAUCGGCGUUUUGCACCCUGUCCAAGUAGGCAAGCUGAGGAGUGGUCGCACUGUUCCUUGUGACCUGAAAGACCGCCGCACUGUUCAUGGGCUGCAAGAAGACUUCCAGUGGCGAGCCACGGAGUUGUUGAAAAAGAAGACGGAGGAGCUCUAUGUUCUCAUCCCCAAGAUGGUCGACUUGUUUGAGGGAAUCGAUGACACGAAGAUGGAACGCCUGGCCGAGCAGUUGGUUGAGAUGAUGGAGGUCUCCACCGACGUGCUCUUGACCAAGAGCAUGAAGCAUUAUGGGCAGCUCCGGCUCCAAUGCAUUAAGUUGCAAGGGGAUGCCUUUGUUGACUCCCUCGCCUGGCUCCAAGAGGAGUUUCAUUUUCUCAUGACCUCAUUCGAGAAUUGCCUUCAAGGGCAAAAGAUCCGGGUCAGCGAUGAUGAGUUCCGGGACAUGAUGGACCUUGUCCACUUAGACCAGUUGCUUGCACAGGUGAAGAAGCACCAGGAGCGCCGUCAGGUGGUCGAAGACGAGCUGGAAAGCAGUGCUGAGGGUGCCUAUUCAGAGGUGGACGAGGUGAGCGACAUCGAGAAAAAUGAGCAGGGCGCCGGUGUGCCCCAGGUCAUCUGCCUGGCCAUGUUGGCAAUCGGUCUCUAG